AUGGGGCACAAGAGGGUCGCCGUGAAGGACCUGCACGAUCAGGUGAUGGCCACCCUGGACGAGGCCCUGGGGUGGGUGCACGACCAGCGCACCCACCGCGUGUCGGAGUGCAUUGAGGUCAGCGAGCUGGAGGUCGCCGCGGUCCGGGGCGCGGUGCAGUCUCUCAAGAUGGGCCUGGUGAAGCUGGCGGUGCUCAGGGACGGGCGGUCGCCCGCGCCGCCGCCCAAGGCCACAGGGUCCCUGCUGCACGAGGUGCGAGACGCCGCGCGGGCGCUGGGGGCGGCCGCCGCACAGUGCGCGCGGCGCGGUGGUGCGACCCUGCGCAAGGAGGUGGUGCGCGCGAUGACCGCCGUGGUCGAGCCCGCCAAACGGGUGCUGGCCAGCACGGGCGUGCCCGCGCCCGACCCGGAGGCCGUGCUCCGCGUUGCCGCCCUCGCCGUGGAGUCGUGCGAUGACGCGGAGCGUGCAGCAUGGACCAACAGGGAGGCGCUGGGGCACAGCCUGGACACGGUUGCCCGUAUGGCGGAGGAUGCCCGGCGCGAGCUGGCAGAGCUGGACCUCGAGCCGAUGUCAACCGGCGAUUGCGACGGGGCCGAGGGCGUCCCUGAAGGUGGCGAGGGAGGACUCGACGCGUGCGCUGCCGGUCAGAAGGCCGGGAACGCCCGCGCGCGCGGGGGAGAGUGCGAGCGGGAGGGGCCUGGUCGGGAGCAGGCGCAGGAGGGCAGCGGCGGUGAGUCGGAGGAGCUGGCCCUGAGCAGGGCAGACUCCGACGUAGCCAAGGCCAUCCUGGAGGUCCUGAGCCGGGCCGCUGCGAUGCUGUCCCUGCUGAGGCCGCUGCUCGACGAACAGCCCCAGGGAUCCUUUGACUGGGCAGAGUGGGAGGUGCUGAUCACAAACACCAACAAGCUGGGUGAGUCGCUGGAUGGACUUGCGGUGGUUGUCUACCCCCCCCUCCACCCCAGUGAGGUCAGGGAGGCUGGCAGCGAGGUCAACGUCCACUUGCAUGCGAUGAAGGACUGGAGACCAGAGGGCCUCGAUGCCCGACGUUACACUGGGUACCUCGCAGCAUAUGACGCCGUGGAUGGAGCCCUGACCAAACUGGAGGAGGCCUGUCAGAGGAUGUCCAUGGGCAACGAAUUCGUCGACAUGACGCAGAAGGUGGCAGGUGCCAUUAGGAGGAUGGAGCUCGAUUCCUUCACGCUGCGCUGA